UCUGCCACCCACACUGGAGACAUCCCCAUCCUCUACCUACAGUCACCUCCUCUGGAGCCUUCCUCUGGGAUACUUUUCUCGGGACUUGUUUUCUGGUCAUAUUUUUUUGAAAGAGAAAGCAAGUUUGAUAAAAAGGGCGAGAUCACCUGGUGUGACCCGCGGACUCCCUCUGUGCGCGGGUACAGCGCUCGACCCAGCCUGCAGACCCCGCUCCAGACAAGCUCUCUGUUCCCGGGCAGAAAGCGGUGCCAGGAUGCUGUGCUUCAGGAGGCUGCUUCAGCAGUGGAGCUUGGCGCUCUUCUUGUUGUGCUCUCCAGUGCCCCACUACGGGAGGCCCAUCGAUGCACUGAGCGGCCGGAUGAAGCGGUCGGUGACGCACGCGCAGCUGAUGCACGAUAAGGGCCGCACGCUGCAGGACUUUAAGAGGCGGAUGUGGCUUCAGGAGCUCCUGGACGAGGUGCACACGGCGGUCCGCGAGCUUCCGGAACGUUCCAGCUCCGUCGGGGGCGGGGUCAGCGCGGGCGUCCCCGUGGGAACGGCCGGGGGCGGAGCCACGGGCGGCGGUGGCGGAGUCAGCAGCGGGGGGAGCACCCUGUACCCCAAACCUGCCGGCAGCACCAAGAACUACCCUCCCGGCUUCAGAGUGGAGGAGGAGGGCACCAACCUGCCCCAGGAGACGCACAAGUCCCUCACCUACAAGGACCAGCCCCUGAAGGCCGUCACCAAGAAGAAGAAGAAAGGGAGGUCCGGUAAACGGCGGGAGAACGACAAGAAGAGGAGGAGGACGCGCUCGCUCGCGGGCGGGGCCUGGGAGCCCGGCAGCGGGGGACUCCGCCCAGAAUGGUGGCCAUACCUGGAGGCCCUGCACUAAGACACAGUCAGACUCUGACCCAGAUUCCACAUUCAGCGAGAGACUUCAGACUCAUGUUGCAGUUUUCUGUAAUCGUGAUUUCUUUGGAAAGUAAAAAGGGAAAAAAUAUUUAUUGUCUGUAAAUAUUUGAAACGCAGCAGAAUAGUGACAAUGGUAAUAAAACUUCAUUCCAGGCUCUGUCCAGCUUUAGUUUUAUUUUAUUUUGGUCAUUGUGAAUAGUUCAUUUUUUGUUGUUGUUUUUUAAAUUUUUUUUUUUUUUUUUUUUUUUGGUCUCUGCCAAUUAUAAAUGUCCAGAUUUGCAUAAUUUAUUUUGUUUGAACGGUGUAUUUAUUUUGUAAAUGUAUGACGGUGCUGCUGACAUUCUGUAUUUUUGUAACAUAAUGCACUUUAGAUAUAUAAAUAUAUAUAUCAAGUAAUUUUGUUAAUUGACCAAAUAAAGUGUUCUCUUUUUGUGGUUGAUUUUGAUGAAGAAGAGCAGUGGUCCUCCUCUCUGUAGACAGUCGCUAGCGUAGGUUUGUGCUGAAUUGGCCUGCUACAGCUUAAACUGUGUCCCACCCUGUUUCCUGUCAGCCUGUAUAACGUGUGUUUUGUGCGUUACACGUGUGUGUGUCCGUUACACGUGUGUUUCUGGAUGUGUCGGAUGUGCAUUCCGUUGUGUGUGUUUUCCCCCUCCCGUUUGUAUCGGCCAGAGUUCGCUCUGUACAUAGACU